UCCCUCUUCUUUCGGUGAUCCCUUGCUUCCUCCCUCCCUCCCUCCCUCUCUCCCCUCCAGCAAAUGGCUGCGUCUCAGGCCAGCCUUCUACUUCAGAAACAACUGACAGAGCUUUAUAAAAAUCCAGUCGAUGGAUUUUCGGCCGGUUUGGUUAACGAUAAUAACGUAUUCGAAUGGCGAGUGACCAUCAUUGGGCCACCGGAUACUCUUUAUGAUGGAGGUUUCUUCAAUGCCAUCAUGCUUUUUCCUCCCAAUUAUCCACUUAGUCCGCCAACAGUGAGGUUUAUCUCUGAGAUGUGGCAUCCUAAUGUUUACCCAGAUGGAAGAGUCUGUAUUUCAAUUCUUCAUCCCCCUGGUGAUGAUCCAAAUGGCUAUGAACUCGCAAGUGAGCGCUGGAGUCCGGUCCAUACGGUUGAGAGCAUAGUAUUAAGUAUUAUAUCAAUGCUUUCAAGCCCUAAUGAUGAGUCUCCUGCAAAUGUAGAAGCUGCGGUAAUGUGGAGAGACAAAAGGGAUGAGUUCAGAAAGAGAGUAAGUCGAUGUGUGAGGAAGUCUCAAGAAUUAUCCUGAACUGCUUUAAUCAAGUCACUACAGUUUCUAGCUUCUUGUUUGAUCAUGAGUGGACUGUGGCCAUGUUUUGUUACUCUGAUUAAAAACACUUGUUAUUCUAAAGCCUUGGACUAAAGGAAAUAUGAACUUGAAGUUGUGUAAGAUUGCAGCUUUCUACAGUUCUUUGAUAUGAGGGCUUUCUAUAGUUCUUUGCCA